UCGGGAAAGUUUCGCUCCGGCCAGCGGGGAAGUUACGUAAUUGUCGACAUCGCUGAAUCUCCGGCCGCUAUCCACCGUCGGCUUACCUGCCACCUAUCGGCGGCUCUCCGACUUUCCUGUCCGGGAUAUCUGCUUUAUUUGAUUGUGGUGCGUGUAUCUUUUUAAUGUGUUCUUCUUGAAGUAAAUAUGGAUGGAAUGGCUGGGAGUGAAGCAGGGAUGAUGAAUUACUUGCAUCAUCAUAUGAGUGAUGGGAAUGCCAUUGAUCAUGAUGGAAUUGUCAAUGAUGAGAAUAAUGGUGGAAAUGAAUUCACUGACAGGGAUGUUUCUGCCGAUGCGGGUAAUCAAUCUGGAAAUGAUGGAGGGAUGGGUUCACAUGGCAUCAUUGAGGCAAACAGGCAGCUAACACUGUCGUUUCAGAAUCAGGUCUAUGUGUUUGAAUCCGUCUCACCGGAUAAGGUUCAAGCUGUACUUCUACUACUUGGAGGGCGUGAAGUACCUCUAAACACUUCACCUAUUGCAGCAUCUGCAUCUAAUAACAGGGAAUUAUCUUCUCCUCGAAAGUUGGAUGUUCCUCAAAGAUUGGCUUCAUUAAUUAGAUUCCGUGAGAAGAAAAAAGAACGAAAUUUUGACAAAAAGAUACGAUAUAUUGUGCGCAAGGAAGUGGCACAUAGGAUGCAGCGGAAUAAAGGUCAAUUCACAUCCUCAAAGCCCAACUGUACUAACGAUUCUGCAUCUGUUGGGACAAGUUGGGACUCAAACCAAAGUUUAGGAGGAGAUGGAAUUGGAUCACCAGUUCCAGAAAUCUUUUGCCGGCAUUGUGGUAUCAGUGUGAGAGCUACUCCAAUGAUGCGCCGGGGUCCCGAAGGACCAAGAACCCUUUGCAAUGCUUGCGGGCUUAUGUGGGCAAAUAAGGGAACUUUGAGGGACCUCUCGAAGGCGACAACCUCACAAGGAACAAAUCCUCUGCUUAAAAUGCAUGAUGAGAACGGGAAUUUAGACCCCGAAGAAAUGGCUUUGAGCAAUGAAGCCAAUCCCAACGACUCUUCAUGAUCUCUGGUAUCUGUGGUUUGGUUGAAAUACUUUUAAUGUCAUACAAACUAUUUUCAUGAUCAAGUGUGGCUUUGUAGUUGGCAUAAUAUAUGGCCUUUCCUAUUGCCCCAGCCCUCCUAGGGAUGGCAAUAGAUCUUGUAGAUUAGAGUUGUGUUCAAUUAUUUUUAUUUGGAUAUGGAAUUUGGUAUA